UCUCCUCCUCCUUCUCGUGGCCCUAUUGGCAAUUUCUCCUCUUUGUUUUCCGUCCUCAUCUUGCUGGGGAAAUAGCUGUGUUACACAGUGCUGGUAGACCGGCACUGUCUUCCUCAGCUCCACAUUCCAUAACUUAUCUUUGUGGCCCCACUUCACCUUUACUUUCUACUUCCCUAUUCUCUUCAAAAGCUAUGAAACUGUUCCUAGAAAGCCUUUCUUUGGUAGCUUCAGAUCCUUUCCCUGUGCCCUUUCGGGUAAAAAGAUGAACAAAUUCAAGUGCUUCUUUGUCUUCUUCUUGUUCUCCUAGAAUACAGAAUCAUCACAACAUUUUUUGCUUCUUUUGAAUUCAAUGGCCGUUGUUUCUUUCUCUUUUCGACCUUAUCUUCAUCCCUCCUCUGCUUGUUCUUCUUCUUCUUCUUCGUCGUCGUCGUCGUCGUCUUAUUUGUGUGGUGGUGUCCAUCUUCGGACCCAUAAGAACUUCAUUUCUAUUCAUUCACCUUCUUAUUUUUCUUCUUCGACAUUAAAUAAUAAGUCCUCCUCGAGGACCUUCCGAACGGCGAUUGCUGCUUCUGGCGACUAUUAUGCUACUCUUGGAGUCUCCAAAUCCGCGACUAACAAGGAGAUUAAGGCGGCUUAUCGAAAGUUAGCUCGUCAGUAUCAUCCUGAUGUGAACAAGGAACCUGGAGCUAUUGACAAGUUCAAGGAAAUUAGUGCUGCAUAUGAGGUGCUAUCAGAUGAUAAAAAGAGGGCUUUGUAUGAUCAAUAUGGAGAGGCUGGAGUUAAGAGUACGGUAGGAGGAGCAUCAAAUGCUUAUACGGCCAAUCCAUUUGAUUUGUUUGAGACAUUUUUUGGGCCAAGUAUGGGUGGCUUUGCUGGCAUGGAUCCAACUGGAUUUGGAACACGUCGCCGUAGUACUGUUACUAAGGGUGAAGACAUUCGUUAUGAUCUUUUGUUGCAAUUUUCUGAGGCAAUUUUUGGAGCUGAAAAGGAAUUUGAGCUUUCCCAUUUGGAAAAAUGUGAAGCUUGUAACGGUACUGGAGCAAAGAUUGGCUCCAAGAUGAGAAUAUGUUCGACUUGUGGUGGGAGGGGUCAGGUGAUGAGGACUGAACAAACACCUUUUGGUUUGUUCUCACAGGUUUCAGUAUGUCCAAACUGUGGAGGCGUUGGUGAAGUCAUAUCUGAAUUCUGUCGUAAAUGUAAUAGUGAAGGACGUAUUCGGGUUAAGAAAAAUAUUAAAGUGAAAGUUCCUCCAGGGGUGAGCUCGGGCAGCAUUCUGAGAGUUGCUGGGGAGGGUGAUGCUGGACCUCGAGCGGGUCCUCCUGGAGAUCUAUUUGUGUAUCUUGAAGUGGAAGAGAUUCCGGGAAUUCAAAGAGAUGGCAUUAAUCUCUCUUCAACGAUAACAAUCAGUUAUCUAGAUGCCAUACUAGGUGUUGUUAUCAAGGUAAAUACAGUUGAAGGCAUUUCUGAACUACAAAUACCCCCUGGUACCCAACCUGGAGAUGUCAUUGUCCUUCAAAGGAAAGGCGCACCAAAAUUAAACAAACCAUCAAUACGUGGUGACCACUUAUUUACAGUUAAAGUUACAAUACCAAAACGUAUCAGUUUAAAGGAGCGUGAGUUGCUUGAAGAACUUGCUUCACGAGGCAGCAAAACAAGUAGCCGUUCAAAACCACGUCCUAGCAUUCGCUCUUCAAAGGGAAGGGCUGAAGACCCUGUAUUUCAAAGUGCUGAAAGUCCAACAGUGGUUGAAGAAAAAACUGAACGGUCAGAAGACCAAGAUGACAUAUGGAAGAAAUUAAAGAAUUUUGCUGGGUCCGUCGCAAAUGGAGCUCUGAAGUGGCUAGAAGAUAACCUGAAGUAGUACUCCCAUCCCAUGGGUUUUAACGAUUGAGGCUAGAUUUUGAUUCUCAUUAUUCCUACAACUGCUGGAAGUUCAAGUGCUAUGGGCUACAUUUCUCUCAGAUGCUAUUGGUGGGAAUUUGUUAGCAUUGCGCAGCAGAAACCAACAGUUUCUCUUGCGUGUUCUUUCAUUUGUUUCACUUGUAAACUUUGACACGAGUCUGCUCACACAGUAGUACUUGUUCGAGGAAGGUUAUAAGGUAGGAAUAACUCUUCAAAUGUUAUUCCAUUAGCAGAUUUCUCUAGAAAAAAAAAAAAAUUAGUGUUACAUUUUGAUAGAAGUCACCAAUAAUGUUUGACACGUCAUUCAUCAAUCAUUGACACACAGCUCUAGAAACUUUCACAAGUGAAAAUAAAUGCUUUACAUUUCUUUGGGAAAUCAUCAACAAUGUGGUUUUGAUCUAGGACUGCUUGCGCAUCAGUCUUUUUUUGUUAGGAAAAAAAAAAAAUAGAAAAGUUGAUAUGA